UUACGAAGUCUUCGGAGGAAGUCACUGAUUGAUUUAAGCUCUAAACCCGGGGCUUUCACGAUGCACAAACUCUUGCAAUCAUUUUCAAGAGAGAAAGGAGACACUGAUAUGAAAGAGACGAUUCUCAACGCAAAGGGUCGUUUGAAUGCAUUCUAUGUCUCACACUUUGAUCAGCUAAAUGAACAAUUUCUCACUGGGCAUUCCUUGGCUGCAUAUGUUGCAUUCUAUGAGGAUAAAGAGAGCAUUAUUCAAAGCCUAAUAGAGGGAUGUUUUGAUUCCAAAACAGCUGGCAGCGUCUUUAAAAUUUUGGUCAAAGGGGAGUUGUUUCUUGACUCGCUUUUUUGGAGUGACGGGAAGAAUUUUUUUCACAUAUACGAUGCCGCCAUAAAAGCAGCCAAUCUGCAUGGAAAUGAAAAAUACCACAGACAACUACUUUCUUCAAAAGCUUUUGGUGAGGUAGCCUGGGGGCGAACAGGACGGACGAAGCAUCUUCUCUCUGAAGUAAAGGAAAAGCAAGCAGCAUCGUCCGAUGUUUCUAUCCUAGAAAAAGGCAAAUGCUUGUGCUAUUUAGGAAUUUUUUACCUUACUGCAAACGAAUCGAAGAGCGGAGUCCAGUGCUUAAAAGAGGCGCUGCCAUCACUGGAAAAUUGCAAGGACCCAGAGUCGUUAAUUCUAAAGCUUCUUACUUUUCAGAUCCUGGCUUGUUAUUAUGAGUCCUUCAAUGACUUCUACAAUGCGAGUCACUUCUAUUGCAAAUCACUACAAAUGUGUUCUGCAGUGGGAGAUGGGAGGCUACUGGUUAUUCCGCCACCGAAAAGCGAAGCAAAGGGCGCCAACAAUGAAAUACAAGUUGGAAAGAAGUCAGACACAUUGCUCAAUGAACCGCUCCAAUUUCAUUUUGCCUGGCUCUUAAGCAAAGGUACAGAGUUUUUCUCCGACGCGGAAACCAAGCAAUAUACAAGCAACUUGGUUCUUCAAAUGCUAGGCUGUGUCGAUAAAGAGGUUAUAAUUCAACUUGGCUUGCUAAUUUUUCAUAGAGCUGUGGUAGACCUUUUGGGGCAGUUAAAUAGUGAAGACCCUGUCAAUUCUUUUUGGUCAAGAAUCAAAUAUCAUCAAAAAACACUCGAGCAAUGCCAAGAAAGUUUCCUUACUAAUGACAAAUAUGACGGUAACCGUUAUAGUCAAAUGCAAACUGAAGUGCUUGUGAAAUGUUACACAGACCUGGGUAAAGUUUAUCAAAAACGAAAAAAUUACUCAGAGGCGCUUCAGUCAAACCGGGAAGCGGUUGACAUAGCAAUACGGUUCUUUGGAGAACAACAUGAAAGCACUGCUGACAGCUACAGGGAACUCGGUGUAACACAAAACAACAUGCAUGACGACAGCGCAGCUCUACAAUCUCACCAGCGCGCAUUGGCUAUCCGUAUUAAACUAUUUGGAGAGGAACAUGAAAGCACUGCUGACAGCUACAGGCAACUCGGUGUAACACAACACAACAUGCAUGACUAUAAUGCAGCUCUACAAUCUCACCAGCAUGCACUAGCUAUCCGCAUUAAACUAUUUGGAGAGGAACAUGAAAGCACUGCUGACAGCUACAGGCAACUCGGUGUAACACAAAACAAAAUGCAUGACAACAGCGCAGCUCUACAAUCUCACCGGCGCGCAUUGGCUAUCCGUAUUAAACUAUUUGGAGAGGAACAUGAAAGCACUGCUGACAGCUACAGGCAACUCGGUGUAACACAACACAACAUGCAUGACUAUAAUGCAGCUCUACAAUCUCACCAGCAUGCACUAGCUAUCCGCAUUAAACUAUUUGGAGAGGAACAUGAAAGCACUGCUGCCAGCUACAGGCAACUCGGUGUAACACAAAACAAGAUGCAUGACGACAGCGCAGCUCUACAAUCUCACCAGCGCGCAAUGGCUAUCCGCAUUAAACUAUUUGGAGAGGAACAUGAAAGCACUGCUGACAGCUACAGGCAACUCGGUGUAACACAAUACAACAUGCAUGACUACAGUGCAGCUCUACAAUCUCACCAGCGGGCAUUAGCUAUCCGUCUUAAACUGUUUGGAGAAGAACAUGCAAAAACCGCUGAUAGCUACAGGCAAGUCAAGAUCACUCAAGACGCCCAGCGAAAGUUUAGAAAAGUGAAAAGAACAAAGAGAAAUUUACAAAAAUAUGAAUAG